UUGAAUGAAAAUUGAAUUGAACAGAAAUUAACUAAAUUGAUUCCGACUGAAGACGCAUAACUCGUAUUCAUUCAGUCAUGGUCUUUUACCCGCUUAAUUCUUAUUCAGGGUCCCAAAUGGGAUGAAGAAAUAAUGCCAGCAUGCGUAAGGCUUUCAAAUUCCCUGGAAAUGCUAACACACAGAGACGACUAUAUCCACAAUAUUGUAAUUUAUUGAGCAAGUGAAUGAGAGCAAGAGUCUGAGGUCCUGAAGCCCAUGCAAAUCAAAAUGAAUAUAUUUUGGUUAAUGAGGUGAGACUUUAAAAAAAAGAAUAUCAAACAAAAUCAGAAAACCUUGUCACAGACUCACAGGACACAUUUUACAUGGAACACAUGUAAAUACUUGAAACAUUGCAUUUUUCCUACCACACAUUUACUUAUAAGAAAGAAAUAAACUAUAUUAAAUAGAGACAUACACAUCUGCUUCAGAAAAUAUUAAACAAAAGUCAAUGUUAUGACUGUGACUACUUAUUUCAGACCUAUGGGGGUUUUGCCAAAAAGUUGUACAGCAUUGGCUAAUGGUCUAAUAUGUCUGUGCACACUGUAGCACUCAUUCACCAUUAUACUCAUAUAAAAUAUAUACAAGAAUCCAUAAAUUAUAUUAUUUUCUUAUAGCCUAUGUCUGAAAAUUACAUUAUUGCUCAAUCUUUGCUCACUAAAUAUGUGGUAAAAACCAUUCAUAUCACAAGAGAAAGUGACACAAAUCACUAAUAUAUGAGAAAUCAGAAUUGAAGUCCUUAUUAAUGAUGUUCCGUCACUUUAUAGGAACUGCCCCUCGGACAUUGAGAGCUAUUGCUUUGGUGGUUUUGUAUGUGUUAUUUAACGUUUAUACAUUAUGCCUUAUAUUGCACAAUUUUUCAAAAACCUGGUAUGGCCUUUUGAGGUCAGCUGUGGCUCUAGAUACUGAAUUAUUCUACUUUUGAACUCAUCAUGUGCCUCUUGCUGACUUGAAAUAAUACUUCCAAUAAUACUACUUUAUUUUGAAUACUUCAAAAUAACAGAUGCUAUUGUUGCCAGAUCAGAAUCAGAAUCAGAAUCAGAAACGGGUUUAUUGCCAGGAAUGUUUACACAAACGAGGAAUUUUUUUUGGCGGAAGGUGCAACAUUUAGACAUGACAAACAAAAAUCAACACGAGUCCUGGGGGUGACAGAGUCAGUCAGUGGGGGAUCCGGGCUCCAUUGAUGAGCCCGACUGCCGUCGGGAAAAAGCUUUUGGUGUGGCGGGACGUCUUUGUCCUGAUGGACCGCUGCCUCCUUCCAGAGGGGAGGGACUCGAACAGGGAGUGACCAGGAUGGGAGGGGUCAGCGACAAUCUUGCUGGCCCGCUUCAGUGACCUGGAGGUGAACAGGACCUGGAGGGAAGGCAGAUUGCAGCCAAUAACCCUCUCGGCCGAGCGGAUGAUGCUCUGCAGCCUGCACUUGUCUUUGGCCGUGGCUGCAGGGUGCCAGACGGUGAUGGAGGAGCCACCAUGGAGGUUUCAGAGGAAGAAGGCAAGUUGAGCGACUUUAUGCAAGUGCAGUAUUAGCCGCGGAGAAGAAGAAGAUGAAGAAGAAGAAGAAGAAGAAGAAGAAGAAGAAGAAGAAGCGGACGUGACGUCAGAGUUCUGCCUCUAAAACCAAACAGAGUGCUGUUUCAUGACUUCUGAAAGCUGCAGGUGGAAAUGGUGGAUAAACUCUGUUUGCCUGCCCUUACGUAACGACAUGUGGAAAGCAGAGCGACUUCCGCCCGUCUAGUGUUUCCCCGAAAGACGCUCAGAUUCAAAGAAAGAUCCCCGAGUCGAGAAGAGGAGAGCAAAGGGAGCAUGUCCAAGCGGAGAGGCUGUGCAGAGACAGAGGCCCGUACAAAGAAGCUGAAGCGAGUACCGCAGGCGAAGAGCGGCGGAGCGAAGAAUAAAGAUGCAGGUGAUGUCAUCACAGAGGAAGAGGAGGAGCUCAAAAGGAAGGUCAAACCCAAACCACGUGGCUCCACAAAACGAGCGUUGGGGACCACCUCCUCCACCACAUCUGCAACUGUCAAAACCAGUAAAUACUUCCAGUCGCCAGUGAAGGAGGAGGAGUCUGACAGUGAAGAUGACUUUGACAUGGUGACCUCAGCACCACCUGCGGUUACAGUGAGCACCACGAAAACCAAGAAAGAAGAAGAAGAAGAAGAAGAAGACGACGAUGAAGAAGUAGAAGAAGAUGAGGAGGAUGAGGACAGCGAGGAAGAUGAAGUUGAUUGGGAGGAAGUGGAAGAGCUUUCUGGGCCGCUGGGUCCACUUGGACCACAAGAACCUGUCCUGCCCUCCCAGCCGGUUGAGAUAGAGAUCGAGACUCCAGAAGUCAGGAAAAAGCAGAAGAGAAAGGCAGAGCUGGAGACUUACAUGAGGCGGAUGGUGAACCGAUACAAGAAGGACGUGCUGAUAGACACACACAAGGUCCACCUGCUGUGCCUGAUAGCCAGUGGAAUGUUCCGCGGCCGUCUGUGCACUGAACCGGACUUGCUGGCCAUUACUCUGUCGCUGCUGCCCGCCCACUUCAGUAUGGUCGCCAAGGAGCGCAUCGACCACAACUACCUCUCCGGACUGCUCAAAUGGUUCAGUUCAAUAUUCACCCUCAACCCCUGUCUUCCCUGUGAGGAACGUCAGAACCCCCGCGCUCUGCUGGAGAGGCGGUUGGCCAGCCUGUCUGCCAGAAACCACCAGGAGAUGACUCAUCUGUUUCUGUUGGUCCUGAGGUCUCUGCAGUUUUUCUGCCGAUUGGUUAUUUCUUUGCAGCCGAUUCCUCUCAAACCCCCUUCAGCCAAGGGCCAUGGGGCUAGAACAUCUACAGGUACCCCAAGAAAGAGCAACACAAGCCAGCAACCCUCCAAGACCGUCUGUCCUGAGCAGAAGAUCUCUCCUGGCACCAAGAGACCAGCUGGAGGGGGGGAGAUCACGGGAAGCCGAGGGGGAAAGAAAGCAAAGACAAAAGAAAUAAAGGAAGAGUGUGACAAGGUAAAGAAGAAGCCUAAAACAUCGGGAGGGCAGAGACCAAAGAACUCCAAACGUCGCAGCAUCGCCUCUAAAGUAAGCUACAAGGAAGAAAGUGAGAGCGGAGGGGAAAGGGAGGAGGAGGGAGAGGGGCUUAGCGAAGAGGAGGAAUUCCAGGCGACCAGUGAGGAUUCAGAAGGAGGAGCUAAAUCCACAAAGUGGAAGAAGGGAAGAGGAAAGAGCAAACCCAACGUAACAAACACUGCUGCUUCGAAGGAGAGGAGGAGUGACGGAGGGAACAAACAGUUCAAAGACGAGGAGGGCAAAGAGUGGGAGGAAGAGGAGGAUGAGAAAGAAGAAGGAACCAUGCACAACCAAACUAAUCGAAGGAGUGUGAGAAAGAAUAAGGGGCCUGGCGCGGACGAGUGGUUGGAGGUGUUUCUGGUGAAAACGUCAUCCUGGCUCUGUGUAGACGUGGAGCGUGGUGUCGGGAUGCCUCACCUCUGCUCCCAGAAUGCAACAGCGCCGAUUACGUACGUUGUGUCGGUGGACGGAAACGGUUUUCUGAAGGACUUGGGAAGGAAGUACGACCCCACCUGGUUGACAUUUUCCAGGAAGAGGCGGGUGGAUGAAGAGUGGUGGGAAGAGACGCUUGGGUCCUUCCUCGGAUUCGAGGACGAGAGGGACAAAAAGGAGGAGAAGGAGCUUCAGAACAAACUGCUGAACAAGCCCCUGCCCAUCUCAAUAACGGAGUAUAAGAACCACCCGCUGUAUGCCUUAAAGAGACACUUGCUGAAAUAUGAAGCCGUCUACCCAUCAACAGCCACUGUUAUGGGAUACUGCCGGGGAGAGCCGGUGUACUCGAGGGAUUGUGUGCAUACGAUCCACUCCAAAGACACUUGGUUGAAAGAGGCACGGACGGUCCUACUAGGAGAGGAACCAUUUAAGAUGGUGAGGGGCUUCUCGAAUCAUUCCCGCAAAGCCAGGAUGGCGUCUGAGCGGAAGGAUGAGAACGACCUGGCUCUGUUUGGAGAAUGGCAGACUGAAGAGUACCAGCCGCCGAUAGCUGUGGAUGGGAAGGUUCCACGUAACGACUAUGGCAACGUCUACCUGUUUAAGCCCUGUAUGUUACCGGUGGGCUGUAUUCACCUCAUGCUGCCCAACCUGCACCGCGUGGCCAAGAAGCUGAACAUGGACGCCGCCCCUGCAGUCCUGGGCUUCGACUUCCAUGCAGGAUACUCGCAUGCUGUGACUGAUGGUUACAUUGUGUGUGAGGAGCAUGAGGAGAUUCUCAGAGCGGCCUGGUUGGAAGACCAAGAGAUUCACAAACAGAAGGAGAAAGAGAAAAAAGAAAAGAGGGUGAUAUCCAACUGGACUCUGCUGGUGAAGGGGCUCCUGAUCAGAGAAAGACUGAAACAGCGCUACGGAAAGAAGAACCACGGACUCGGGAGCCUCGGAGAGACUGGUGGGCUUUCGUCAGAUGAGGAAGAGGUUGAGGCUGGAAGCCCUUCAGCCAAGACGGCAUCAGAGACUCUGGCCAUGUCCUGGCCCCAGAACAGGCAAGCAGAGGAGGAGGGAGGGAGCAUCAGUGGACUGAAGAGGAAGACCACGACAAAACGAGAAAAGAGAGGACAAGAGAAGCACUUGUUCCCCUUUGAGAAAGCGUGAUUUCAGGGAGCCAAAAACACACCUUGGUUUAGUUCAAUCAAAGCUAAUUACUUGGUCUGACUGCUGCUCCUGGUAUUUACUUUGGAAGACGGUCACAUUCCUUGCAAGCAGUGUGCCUAAGCUGGAACAUAUUUUUAAAUCGAUUUUUACAUGGUUAUUUAUCCUUGGAACCUUUGGCUGUAACAUUAUCAGAAGAGGAAAGAGGACGAAGGAGUAGUGAACUGAUCUGCAGAUUAAUCGGUUUCUUCCAGUUGUCAUAAUAUAGCAUUAAACCUGCUCUUUCCCCAUCAUCACUGUGCAUACUCUCAUUAGCUCAUGUACUCUGUUGUUAGUCUUUUAUAUGAGCUCUUAUUAGAAAUGCAGCACAUGCCAGAAAAAAAAAUAAACAUAGAACGUGACAUGAAAUCUGGCCAGUUUUCACGUAUGCUCUUGGGAAGAAGAGUGUUAUCAGGUUCCAAGGAGAGAACAAACUCAACAUGAAUGUGAGAACGGGUGCCGUCACAAUUUCAGAUGCCUGUUUGACAUAGGAUAAAGGUGCACUGUGCUUGAGUCGGCUGAGAUACAUUCGGCCCUCUUGCAAGUAUUCAGUGCUCAAAAACUGCAGCACUACUGGUGGUGGUGCUGGUUUGAGCCCGGUGGACAUAGUUUCCCUUUCAGUUCAGCACCAGAAAAUGGCAUAUACAGCUCAUGCCGAUUUGAUAAGUGGCAAGUAAACACCAACAACCCAGUAUGCCAACAACAAUACAAACAAUACAGGUGAAUACACCCUGGGAAAUAAAGUUAUUUUCCAUACCUUGUGGCGCAUCCACUGCCCGCUUUCCCCUAUGACAAACAACUGGACCACAGCCAUUCUUACUGACUUGACUGUACUCUAUGUAGCUUGUCUCAAUGAAAACAGAAACUUGUACUGUUAGUGUCGUUCCAGUGGAAAAAGUGUUUUCAGGAACCAGCCCAAAACCGCUCGGCUACUGUGCACUUUUGAGUUGAUGGAGCUAUGUUGGGGUUGUUGGAUCCACGUAUUUAACAGAUAGACAGAAGCACAUGUGGACCAUGUAACCUGUCGCUUGAGGUUAAAGCAUGAACAUUGCAUUUAAGAAGUUGGUAAAUGAUUUCUCAGCUCACUCACUGCCUGUCUCGACUUCUCACAAAUCCUGUACUUCCUUCCUGUCUCUCUUUCCCCGUUAGUCUGCUACAUCCCUAUAGGUUCACGGGUUCCUGCUGUAUUCUGAAUCAGCCCUCACAUUCAGCCUCUCACUCAUCGCUUAUGUCAUGUUUCACACCUCGCGUCUCUACCUGUUUUUGUACACAGCAGGUGAUUGCUGUAUUUAAAAUGGUAAACUGUUUUUGUAUAAAAAUAUUUUUUCUAAGAUAUAAUACCAGUUAAAAGCAAAAAACAAAACAAAAUUAAAAAUAUCGUGUUGACUGUU